CUCAGCGCCCCUGGAGUGUGCCGGGGAUUCACGGCUCCCCACACGCCCCGGUACAGGGUGGCAGCAGCGGCAGGCGUGGACGUGCCUGGUGAGAUGAAGGGCCGGAUCCCCGUGGUGCUGCUGGCCUGUGGCUCCUUCAACCCCAUCACCAACAUGCACCUUCGCUUGUUUGAAGUGGCCAGAGACCACCUCCACGACACAGGAAGGUACCACGUGACCGCAGGGAUCCUUUCGCCUGUCAAUGACAAGUACGGGAAGAAAGACCUAGUGGCUGCCCAUCACCGAGUGACCAUGGCCCAGCUGGCCCUCCAGACAUCCGACUGGAUCCGGGUGGACCCCUGGGAGAGUGAGCAGGCACAAUGGGUUGAGACGGUGAAGGUGCUGAGGCACCACCACAGGCAGCUGCUCACGUCACCACCCCCGAUGGGAGCCCCGGACACCAGCAGCAAAGCCCUCUCCUCAGCCUCGGCAGCUGCGCCUGAGCUGAAGCUCCUGUGUGGGGCCGACUUCCUGAAGAGCUUUGGGGUCCCAGGCCUGUGGGAGGAGGCGCACGUGCAGGAGAUCGUGAGCAAGUUUGGCGUGGUGUGCGUGGGCCGCGUGGGGCACGACGCCGAGGCGUACAUCGCCGACCUGCCCAUCCUGCGCAGGCACCGCCACAACAUCCACGUGGCCCACGCACCCGUGCAAAACGCUCUGAGCGCCACCUACGUCCGCCAGGCCUUGGCACAGGGGCACAGCGUCAGGUACCUGCUCCCCGACGCCGUCCUCGCCUACAUCCAGAUGCACCGGCUGUACCUCGGGAGCGCAAGUGCCCGCGGGAACCGCAGCGGGACGCACUAGGGCCACAGCCGUGGGAGGGCUCUUCAGCUUUGUGGUCCACGUUCCUCAUUUCCCCAGGGACUGGCCUUGGGGGGUUCCAGGAACAGAUGCCUUGGGAAGGAGGGAAGGCUGCCUCUCAGGCACAAGGGUUUCCUGAAGAGGUGAGAGCCAGGAGCAGGCAGGCAGGCAGGCAGGCAGGCUCUGGAGACACCAUCUCAGAGGCACCGCUCCGCGUGCGAGGGCUGGCCACGUCCCUUCAGAAUUGCCCACAAUGCAUUUGUUAACCGGGGCCAGGUGCAGCGUAAGCUGGCCUGGGUGGGAGAGGCUUAGCAAGAUGUUGGUUGUGCCCUUGUGCCCAACUCCGGUUACCAAUAGAAGAGUCGAGACUGGACACAGCCCUGGGUGACUGCUGCCUUGCCUUCCAGCCCGGCCUGCUUUUCAUGAAAGGUAGCUCAACUCUUUGCUAAGCAGUGGUCCUCAGGCACCGUUUUUGAUCUGGCAAAGUAUUUUUAAUGCCGCAGCACAUUCCAGCACUCCUAAUUUCCAGGUUUCUAAAGGGGAACUGAGGCAAAACAGAUGCUGGCCAGGGUUGAGAGGCUCUCGCUGAAUGUUUCAUGACUACCUUGGCUGUUUGAAUGUGGGCAAAGCCACAAAUAAUAAAUUAACAUCAAAAAAGUA